CCCAUAUCGUCAGAAGUACAUGACCUGAAAGCGGCGCAUCAGACAUUUCCAACUCAUCUUUCUCUGCCAUCAUGUCCCUCGAGCCUGGAUAUGGCCACAUACAGAUCGACCUUCACGGGCAGGAAGCUGUAUUCACUAAGAUGUCCUCGACAUAUCCCCUCAAACUCUUAUCGCCACGCCUGUCCCACAUUCCCGCCGUCGGAUUGGUCUACAUGCUCAGUUACGGCGGUGGACUGGUGAGUGGAGAUCGCGUAAAUUUGCAAGUCCGGAUCGGAGCUGGCGCGCGCGGUGUGUUGCUGUCACAGGGAUCGACUAAGGUGUUCAAAAUGCGCCCGGGCACGAGGGCGGCGACCCUCAAAACAUCAUCCGGCCAUGUACCCCACACCACACAAACAUUGACGGUACAAAUCGAGUCGUCAGGCUCACUAUUCUUGCUCCCCGAUCCAGUGACCUGCUUCAGAGAUGCCUCCUACACACAGACGCAGACUUUCUCUCUACCGCACGACGCGUCCCUGGUCGCAGUGGACUGGAUCACCUGCGGGCGGCAGGCGCUCGAAGAGGAAUGGGUGUUCUCUCGAUAUUGCAGCGUCAAUGAAGUGGUGAUAGAUGGGAAACGCGUUGUCCGCGAUGUCAUGGUGUUAGAAAACGAACCAGAUCGUCCCAGCGACAAACUCCCCAAGCGGACACUAGCACAGAAGAUGCAUCCAUAUCCUUGUUAUGCAACGGUGUUACUCUUUGGAUCCCAGACGCGUCAAAUCGUGGCUACUCUCAAAGAAGAAUACAGUCGCAUAUCCAUUCUCAAAACCAACACACCAGAGACGCUUUUGUGGUCGUUGAGUCAGACAGAGAACGACGGAGCGAUAUUGCGGGUGGCUGGGAAAGAGACCGAGCAGGUGAAGCGGGAGUUGAAGAGGAUGUUGAGUGGUCUAGAGAGCGUCUUGGGUAAAGAUGCCUGGGCACGGGUAUUGUAGCUUAUGUAAGUAGAACAUUUUGUUCCCAAAUCCUGAUGCUCUCUUCUCUGCGGCGAGGCUUGCUAGCUUCGGGUUCGCGUGCUCCCUCUUCAAUACCGUUGAACCUUUCCAGAGGUUAUGCGGAAAGCCGUCAUGCUCUGCGUAAGCUGGCCAAAAGACGCGAGCUGGAAGAGACCAUGUCACGUACGGAGGCCAUCUUCAAAACGUACAAGCCCGUGUCCCCUGGUCUUCGUCACCUCCGUCGCCCCCUGAAUCCUCACCUCUGGGCGGGCCGACCUAUUCUCCAACUCACAGUUGCCAAGCGCAAGACUGGUGGCCGCAACUCGCAUGGGCGCAUAACCGUGCGACACCGCGGCGGAGGACACAGGCAACGUAUCCGCACUCUCGACUUCAAGCGCGAAGAGCCGGGCAUCCACGACGUGGUCCGAAUUGAAUACGACCCGGGGCGCAGCGCGCACAUAGCCCUAUUGCAUAACCGGGAUCCAAACGCGCUGGGUGUGCGCAAAUGGAGCUACAUCGUGGCACCGGAGGGCAUUCGCGCCGGGGACCAAGUGCAGAGCUUCAGAGCUGGUAUACCCCAUGGAUUUGUGCCGGGGCUGGACGUGGACAAGCUCAAUGCGCGCACAUCGAAGUCGCAGAAAAGCACGCCGUCGCUUGCGAAGGACGCUGAGGAGUCCGCGGCGUUGGAAAAGUUGGAGGAAUCGUCGUCGCAAAACCUUGCGCUCGGUCUGCUUCGUACCUUGACGCUGAAGCCAGGAAAUGUUCUCCAACUGCGGCUGAUCCCCAUUGGGACUGUCAUUCACAACAUUGCGCUGGUACCCACUGGACCCGGAAUCCUCGUCCGCUCAGCUGGCUCCUCAGCGCAAGUCGUGGGUCACGAUGAAGUCGGACGAUACACCCAUGUUCGUCUGCAGAGCGGCGAAGUACGCAAGAUUCUGCAAGGCUGCUGUGCGACUAUCGGUCGCGUGAGCAAUCCAUUGUGGAAAAAUCGCAGUCUGGGAAAGGCGGGUCGGUCGCGAUGGCUGGGCUGGCGGCCGACUGUCCGUGGUGUGGCAAUGAACGCCAACGAUCACCCUCACGGAGGAGGACGAGGUAAAUCCAAGUCCAACAAACAUCCCGUGUCGAUCUGGGGUUGGGGAGCUCGUGGCACUCGUACUCGUAAACCCGGACCCAAGGGUCCCAAAAACAGUAACAAGAUGGUCAUCAAAGAACGGCCUCGGGGCAAGGCGACGCGUAGCAAUUAGAUUAGUUUACACACACUCCAAUAAGAGCCUAUGGUUGUCUAUACGCCCUCCUCGUCAUCGUCUUCCAUCUCUUCCUCGUCUUUAGUUAUCCUGGUCUUCUUCGAUCUCUCUUUAGAUUCCUCGCUUUUGCCGACCAGAUCUCGCCAGGCAGUGAGCUCCGCCCCGAUUUCUUCGCGAGCGCACGCGAUAGCAGAGCGAAGGGACGCGUAGUACUCUGUGCCUGCCACCUCGUAGGUAUGGGUCUUUGAUGUGGAUAGGGAGACGGGAACCACUAGUGUUUGAGGUGGGUUGAGCGCGUACGCGACGGUCAGAGGAGACAUGGAUGCUUG